CCCGCACUCAAAGCCUCUUUCUCCUCUGGUGAGGCGUGAAGGAGCGAAGACAGCGGGGGUACAAAACAAGGAUGCACGGAAACCGUCAACUCGGGAUGCAUGAUCGCCGCAACUGACAGACUUUCUAACUUUGAAUUUGCCGGAUUUUCACUCUAACCUUUCCCAGGGUUCUGCCUGACCUAUCACACUUUAAACUCAAACCACGCUUCUGUGGACUUUUGAGAGCUGGUAGCCAAGGACCAUGUUCUCCCUGUGGUUGUUCCUGCUCCCGUGCUUCGGCCUCGUACCCCUGUCCCCGGCGGAAAAGGGCUUGGAGUUCCCGCAGUAUGACGGGAAAGACCGUGUUUUGGACAUCAACGACAAGAACUACAAGAAAGCCUUGAAGCAGUACGGCGUGCUCUGCCUCUUCUACCACGAGCCCGUGGCGGACAACAAGGAGCAACAAAAACAACACCAAAUGACUGAGUUGGUGCUGGAGCUCGUGGCUCAGGUCAUGGAAGAGAAAGGCAUCGGCUUUGGAAUGGUGGACUCCCACAAGGACGCAAAGGUGUCGAAGAAACUAGGCCUGGAGGAGGAAGGCAGCGUGUACGUUUUUAAAGAUGACCGGGUGAUCGAGUUUGACGGCUGGCUCUCUGCAAACACCCUGGUGGAGUUCUUGUUGGACCUAUUGGAGGAGCCAGUAGAGGUGAUCGACAACGCCCUGGAGUUGAGGGCCUUUGACAGGAUGGAGGAGGACAUCCGGGUCAUAGGUUACUUCAAAGGAGAGGACUCCGAGCACUACGAAGCCUUCAAGGAGGCCGCCGAGCAGUUUCAACCCCACAUUAAGUUCUUUGCCACCUUCGACAAGUCUGUGGCCAAAGAGCUGACCCUGAAAUUGAACGAGGUGGACUUCUACGAGCCCUUCAUGGAGGAGCCCGUCACCGUCCCAGGGAAGCCUCACUCUGAAGAGGACCUGGUGGAGUUCAUCAACGAGCACAAACGGCCAACUCUGAGAAAGUUGCGUGCAGAGGACAUGUUUGAAACCUGGGAGGACGACAUUGAGGGCAUUCACAUCGUGGCUUUUGCAGAGGAGGAGGAUCCAGAUGGUUUUGAGUUCCUGGAGAUCCUGAAGGAGGUGGCAAGAGAUAACACGCACCUUCCUGAGCUCAGCAUUGUGUGGAUUGACCCUGAUGACUUCCCCCUGUUGAUUCCCUACUGGGAGAAGACCUUCAAGGUGGACCUGUUCAGACCUCAGAUCGGAGUGGUCAACGUUACAGACGCCGACAGCGUGUGGAUGCUGAUGGAUGACGAGGAGGAUCUGCCCUCAGCCCAAGAGUUGGAGGACUGGAUCGAAGACGUGCUCUCUGGGAAAGUCAACACCGAAGACGACGACGACGACGACGAAGAUGAUGAUGACGAUGAUGAGGACGAUGAUGAUGAUGAGGACGAUGAUGACGACGAUGAUGAUGAUGACGAUGAGUAAUCAGCAUUGAGUCAAACUCGAACAUACAGCAAUUCUGAUACAUAACUGAAAAUACAUAAACAUACAUGUUUUCUCAAAUACUGUAUGUGUACCAUAAACACACCUGGUUGACAUAAUGGACACAAUCCAUACAUACAGUAUCUGCUAAUAACAACACACUGAUACCUCAAUUUGUUUUCACAAAAAAAUAUUAAAUCAAACUGUGUGGUUAUUGUGUAA